AUGAAGAAGUUUCUUCUGCUAGUGAGUCUGUAUCUGCUUGGAUCUGCCAGAGGAGCAUCAGGUCAACCUGUUGAGCUUCCUGGCUCUAUGGAUCAUCAAGCUUCAGUUCAGCAACCUUCAGGUGACUACUUUUCACUUGCAAACCCUUCAGAUGGUGAGGCUUUAUAUGAGACUUCUUCAGGCGAGAACACUUUGAGUGAGCAUGGUUCAAGUGAGCACACUGCGGUUGAACACGUUUCAGGUGAGCACGAUGCAGUCGAACAUUCUUCAGGUGAGCACGAUGCAGUCGAACAUGCUUCAAGUGAGCACGCUGCAGUUGAACAAGCUUCAAGUGAGCACGCUGCAGUUGAACAAGCUUCAAGUGAGCACGCUGAAGGUGAACACACUGCAGGUGAGCAUGCUCCAGAUGAGCACGCUUCCAGUGAACAACCUUCUGGUGAACAGCCUUCGGGUGAAAAGCCUUCUGGUGAACAGCCUACAGGUGAACAGCCUGCAGGUGAACAGGUUGCAAGUGAACAGGUUGCAAGUGAGACGCCUUCAGGUGAACAGCCUGCAGGUGAACAGGUCUCAGCUGAACAAGUCUCAGGUGAAAAAUCACGAGGCGAACAGCCAUCAGGUGAACAGCCUUCAGGCAUCCCGCCUUCAAGCACAAUUUCAGGCCCAGUAUUAAAUUGCCACACAUGCUCUUAUAUGAAUGACCAAGGAAAAUGUCUUCGAGGAGAGGGAGUCUGCUCCACCCAGAAUUCCCAGCAGUGCAUGUUAAAGAAGAUCUUUGAAGGUGGAAAACUUCAAUUCAUCGUCCAGGGCUGUGAAAACAUGUGUCCAUCCAUGAACCUCUUCUCCCAUGGAACCAGGAUGCAAAUUAUAUGCUGUCGGAAUCAACCUUUCUGCAACAAGGUCUAG